UGGUUUUCUUCUUCCUCCGUUUGGAGAGACGGAAGCGAGCUCCGGAGAAGGAGACACGGAAAUGUUGAAGGACGAACAGGACGAUCGGCGAGCCGAGCCUUGCCCGGGGCCCAACGGCGUCGUUACCACUCGCCGGCCGCCGAAUUCAGACUCCGGGCCGGCCGGAGAUCGUCGUCUACGGCUUAACCCUAACAACGAUCACAAGCCCGAGAGCUACGACGAUCUCCAGCUGGACUACAAAGCCUCCAUAUUCAGCUCCCUGGAGCGUCACCUGCCUUCCUGCAUGCUCGGCGUCUCUCGCGACGAGAAGGUCCAGUUCAUGAGCGAAAUCCUGGCGAGGUACCUCCCCGACAGCGAGCGCUUAAGGGUUCAGAAACAUAGUGAAUACAGACAGAAAAUCAUGGCCAACUAUCAGCCUCUGCAUAAAGCAUUGUAUGACAUGCAGCCGGCAGCAUUUUUUGUACCAUCUUUCAUUAACGCAAUCAAUGAGAACAAUAAACAGACUCUGAGAAGUAUCAUACGUGAACCUUCACCAGGCAUCUACACAUUUUCAAUGCUUCGUCCAAGUUUUUGUGAAAUGCUGCUUGCUGAGGUAGAAAAUUUUGAAAAAUGGGUUCAGGAAACCAGAUGUAAGAUAAUGAGACCAAACACAAUGAACAAGUAUGGAGCUGUUCUUGAUGAUUUUGGCAUGGAAUCCAUGCUUAAUCAGCUUAUGCAUCAGUUUGUCUCUCCAAUGUCUAAAGUUUUUUUCCCAGAAGUUGGUGGAUCAUCUUUAGAUUCACAUCAUGGUUUCAUUGUUGAAUAUGGAGAAGACAAGGAUGUUUCACUUGGAUUCCAUGUGGAUGAUUCAGAAGUAACCCUAAACAUCUGCUUAGGCAAACAGUUUUCUGGUGGCGACCUGUUUUUCAGAGGUGUACGGUGUGAUAACCAUGUAAAUUCUGACACUCAUCCGGAGGAAAUUUUUGAUUAUUCACAUGUUCCUGGACAAGCGAUACUUCACCGUGGUCGUCAUCGGCAUGGAGCAAGACCCACAACAUCUGGCAAUCGAAUCAAUCUACUUUUGUGGUGCAGAAGUUCGGUUUUUAGAGAGCUCAUAAGGUAUCAAAAAGAUUUCUCUAAUUGGUGUGGGGAGUGUUUACGUCAGAAGAAUGAAAGACAUGAAAAAAUGGUUGCUGCAACAAAACUGGAGUUUCUUAGGAGAGGAGAAUCAAUGAUUUAGUCAAAAACUGGUCUGGGGCACUUGGUGUCAUAAACUGGUUGACUGCAUAUUGCCAGUGACUCUGUAAGGUGGCAUUUUAUGUACAUGUGAUGGCUGCAUAUCUUCACCGCCCAGAAGAAAUCAUCCUGGUGUUAUUUCGAUCCAAUUGGCAAGCUUCGGAAAGAUGUUUCUUUUGCCUGAAGUGGAGCCCCAGUCCACCAAGAGUCCAUGGCAAGACCUAUCCCCAUGCAUAAUCUGCAACCAGUGCUUGUGGCAUAUGAAAUCUUCAGUCUUAGGGAGUUCUAGUUGGAGGCAGGGGUCUCCUUUCAAAUGUAAACUUGCUGCGUUUCGUUUUACCAUUUUGUGAAUGGUUUCAGAGUGUGCUGCAUUCACCCCUUGCAUCUGAAACCUCCUCUUAAGCCUGGGUUCACUUUUCUGAUGCCGAGUCCUGUGUGUGUAAAACGUAUCGCUGAUUCAACAGGUAUCAUGAAGUGCAGCUGCAUGGCUUCAACUGGCAUGCAAGAGUAGUAAACUUUGGUCUUCUUUUGGUGUAAAGAUAAGUUUCCGAUGUAGGAGUUCUGGCAUCCUGCCAAUGUCCAAUUGGAAAAUGUUGGAUGUAUUAAGUGCUGUAUAUUGCUCUCUCUGCUAAUUUUCUUCUUAUGUCACUUUUUAUCUUUUUUUCUUUUGAUACUGUUGAUUGGUGACGCCUUGUCACUACAUUUUGUUUUGAAUGAAUUUCCAUUUUAUCGGCUC